CAUCGGAAAGAAGAAAAAAUGCCGAGCAAGAAGAGGAAGAGAGUUCAAGAAAGAGCGGCAAUUCACCCUCGGAAUAAAUACUCCGAAAACCCGCCAGAUUUCGGAGCCUUGGCGUCCAUUUAUCCCUCUUUCAAGCCUUACGUGUUCUACUCUUCUCGAGAUGGUCGGCCCAGAAUCGAUUGGACUGAUUACAAUGCCACCCGUGAGCUCACCAGAGUCUUGCUUCUCCAUGAUCAUGGCCUCAACUGGUGGAUUCCUGAUGGACAGCUUUGUCCUACUGUUCCUAACAGAUCCAAUUACAUCCACUGGAUAGAAGACCUCUUGUCAUCAGACAUUAUCCCGGAUUGUCGAGCUGAUGGGGAUGCUGUAAAGGGUUUUGACAUAGGAACUGGGGCCAACUGUAUUUAUCCUCUUCUUGGUGCGUCUCUACUUGGUUGGAGAUUUGUUGUUUCAGAUGUUACUGAUGUUGCAUUGGAGUGGGCUGAAAGAAAUGUUACAAGUAAUCCACAUAUCUCUGAAUUGAUUGAAAUUAGAAAAGUUGACAAUGCAAAGACAAUAGUUGAAGAGAAAGACUUGCAUGGUGGACUUGGCAGAGAUAACGAAAGCAUUGAAGAUUUGGGCAACACAAGAGCUGUUAUGAUAGGGCCUGAACCAUCAUCUUCUCUCGAGUUACAAUCUAUGGUUGAGAAGAAUUAUCAUGGCCCACCGAUACUUGCAGGUGUUGUUAAGGAUGAGGAGAAAUUUGACUUCUGCAUGUGUAAUCCUCCCUUCUUUGAGACAAUGGAGGAAGCAGGAUUGAAUCCAAAGACUGCAUGUGGUGGGACUGCACAGGAGAUGGUUUGUCCUGGUGGGGAAAAAGCUUUCAUUACUCGAAUAGUUGAAGAUAGUGUUCAAUUAAAGCAAUCUUUUCGGUGGUACACUUCAAUGAUUGGAAGAAAAUCAAAUCUGAAAAUCCUAAUAUCCAGGCUUCGGGAAGUUGGAGUCACCAUGGUGAAGACAACAGAAUUUGUGCAAGGCCAAACUUGUAGAUGGGGCCUUGCUUGGUCAUUUGUACCUCCAUCUAGGAAGAUUGUAUCAUCCAGUGCUACUGAGAAGAAUAACCUAUCUUUCAUGCUUGAGGGUAUUCAGCGCCAAUAUAGUGCUAUUCACGUGUUGCAAUCAGUGGAGUCCUUUUUGUGCAGUUGUGGUGCUUCUUGCAAAAUAGAUUCCACCUCCUUCAAGAUUGAUGUUAUUGCUUCCAAAGAUCAAUGUGAGUCGAUCCUUAACACUGAGACACAAAAUAUAUUUGCCACUCCAAGCUGUCCAUAUGAAUUGGGGAUGUCAAAUGGUCCAAAUGACCUUCAAUCCAGUGACCUGCACCUUAGCAUUUCGGUCUUUCAGCAAAUUCCAGGCACACUUCUAGUUAAAGGCUUUCUGCACCAGAAAGAAAGUACAGGGGUAUUCUUCUUAAUAUUUCAGAAAUUGGAAGAAUUUUUGAAACAGAAAUUUUGUAGACCAAAGACAUCUGCUGAGCCUUCCUGCUCUGAGCGAAAGAGAUAGUAUCCGCAUGCAUACCAGACGUGGAGGAGGAGAUCAAACAAAGACUCCCUGAAGCACUUUAGAAUGCAGCGGUCGGGGAACAAGCUGUAGAUAAGUUGUUGACAUGUAGAACUUGUAAUCUUGUGUAGACAAUAGAGCACAAUCGUCAGAAAUUGAUUCGUUGAGGCUUCUUAUACCAUCUGAUAGUGAAGUUGUUCAAUUCUUCCAUUUCUAUUUGAUCCCAUUUGGUGCUGGAGUUGCUUUA